AUGGCAGAGCGCGACGGACUCUCAGCCCCGCCCCCCCUUCCGCAGCGCCAUUGGCUGGCGCGGCGAUUGGCGGGGUGGCCGGGCCAUGCGAGGCGGCGCCGCAGGGACUCUGGUGCCGAAGCCCGGCCUCGCCUCGGCCUUAGGGACCCCGGCGGCGGCACUACCCCCCGGGCAGCUGUCUCUGCAGGGCCCAUGACAUCUACGUCAACCACCCCGAAGCUGCUCUACCGCAGCACCCGCCUGCUCCGCAUGGCCUUCCAGCAGCUGCACCAGCAGCAGCAGCGGGCGGAUGACUUCUGUGAUGUGGUCCUGAAGGCAGAAGGCGAGGCCGUGGUCGCCCACUGCUGCAUCCUCUCCGUCUGCAGCCCAUUCUUCAUGGAGCAGCUGGGCCAGGAGAUGCCCGCACGGGGCAGCAGGAUGGUGCUGGAGCUGGGGGGGCUGAAGAUCGAGGCGCUGCGCAAGCUGGUGCGCUUCCUCUACACUGCUGAGCUGGAAGUGACGCCAGAGGAGGCGCAGGAGGUGCUGGCGGCUGCCCGCCGCCUGCACAUCACCGCACUCGAGUCGCUGCAGCUGCAGGGGGGACGCCUGGUCCGGCUGGGGCCCCAACACCAGCUCAACCGCUCCUGCCUGCACCCCAUCCCGCACGGCUCCCCUGGCAGCACUGCUGGCGAGGUCCCUCCUAGCACCACCAAGUUCCUCCCCAGCAGUGCUGGGGACCCCCUGGGAAACACUGACCCUGGUCCUGUCCCUGUAGGGCGCAUGAAGCUGCGGAAGCUGGAGAGUGGGGGGUGCUGGGAGGUGGUGCGGGAGCAGCAGCCCCCAAUAGAUGGGGGAGCAGGCAGGCACUUCCUGCCACAGCAGCCCAUCCAGAGGGGCUCCAGGAAGCUCGGCUGGGGGUCUCAGCAGUGUAGUGGGCUGGAGGACCCCGAGGAGGAGGAGGUGGACGUGGGGACAGUGGAGCCGUGCCUGCCCCCUGGCACCAUCUGCGUUUGGCCCUGUCCCUCAUCUGAGGAGGAAGAGGUGGACAUCCUUGGGUAGGGGGUCUCGC